GUGACAAGCCAUGGGUGUGAUGAAUGGAACCAUAAUGUCAAAUGGCUCAAGCACGGACCAAGACUACUGUAAUGCCUUCUGCAGAAUUGUUCUGAUAACAGUCUAUAGUGUGGUUUUAUUUGGAGGCACCAUUGGAACAGUUAUGAUGUCAUAUAUGAUGUUCAAGAGGAAUAGCCAAUCAGCGAUUGCCACGAUCAUCAUUAAUAUCAUUGUGCUGCACUCCCUCCUCCUGAUUAGUCUGCCAUUCCGCCUCAGCUACUAUCUCUCAGCAGUCUGGAAGCUUGGGUCUUUUGCCUGCCGAGUGGUUAGUGGCCUCAUAUAUGGUCAUAUGUACUUUACUUUUGUUUUCUAUGUGGCCAUUGUCAUACUUCGGUUGCUCAUCUAUUUUAAGAAACUCCAAAUGCAACAGCUACAAAAGUUCCAUGCCGUGGUUCUAAGUAUUAUUAUUUGGAUGGUAGCAAGCUUCAUCUUUUUGCCAAUAUUUUUUUUACAGUAUGGCACAGAUCCAAGUUAUACAGAGCAACAACAACGAUGUUUUGAGUUUCAUAGAUCUCUCAACUGCACAGAUACCAUCAUCAUAAACUACUCUAUAAUUGCCAUUAUGAUGACAACAGUUCUGUCCCUCUUUCUGAUACAGCUCGCUGUAAUUCUUUGUUUGAUAAGAGACUAUUGGCCUGAUAUGUGGGCCCAUCAGGAUUACCGAGCUCAAAUCAAGAGUUUCUUCUUUCUGGUAGUCAUCGUUGUCUGCUUCAUACCCCACCAUGCUUUCAGGGUAUAUUUUAUUCAAAAUUACCCAAAGGAAAAGAAUUCUAAAUUGAUACUUUACAAUGAAAUUUGUGUUGCUUUAACGGCCUUCUGCUGCCUGGACAUGUUGUGUUUCAUAGGUGGCAUCAUCCAUUAGACCCUCCUAUGCCUUUAUUUGUGAUUGCUUUAUGGAAUAUCAUGUUGAAAAUCACUCCAAUUGAAUAGGUGAGGUGCUGUUAUCAUCUUAAAAAAUUCCAAGCUCUCUGUUCCUGAAGACCAAAUUUUUAGAUUUCUCUUAGCCAAAAUUGUUUUCUUACUGAGACUUAGUUAACCCCUAGUCAUCCCCAUUUCCUUUGAGAAUGCUUACAGGCUCCAAAUAUAUCCCAGAAUAUGUUUGAUUAACCUUAAACCAACCAAGCACACAAUUCCUUCCUUUGUCCAUUUCAUGUAAUACUCACUUCAGUCAAGCAUAUCUGUUGGUUCUUAAAAGUAUUCCUGAGACAUUUAGUCCACCAAUUUUUGCCCUGAAUGUAUUUGUUUUCCCAAUUUCUGUCCAACAAGAUCUAGAGACUCCAUAGAUAGGGACUCUACAGAAAAACAGGGCUCUAAAAUAGUCUUAAUUUGUUCAACUUACUAUUUCCUGCUGAUAUUGGUUUCCAGAG